GCAGCACGCCUGCGGCUAUGCCCGCGACGUGGCGAUGGCUGGUGCUGCCACCGACGUCGACGGCGAAGAGGCCAUGAGGAUCUCUCCAGCUGCUCAUCAAAUCAUGAAGAGAAAGAAUGAGGUGAAGAAGGUGGUGUGUAUUCCGGCCCUGCCUCCGACGAGCAGCCGGCCAGGAGGAGGAGAGGUGAUUCCGUCUGAUCUUUGGGCGUGGAGGAAAUACGGCCAGAAACCCAUCAAGGGCUCGCCUUACCCAAGAGGUUACUAUAGGUGCAGCAGCUCCAAGGGAUGUAUGGCGAGGAAGCAAGUAGAGCGCAGCCGCAGUGACCCAAACAUGCUAGUGAUCACCUACACGGCAGAGCACAACCACCCUUGGCCAAUGCAACGCAAUGUACUCGCCGGAUACUCCCGCCCUCAUACUCACACAUCCACCAGCAGCUGCAAGAAGAAAAACAGUGGCUGCACGGUUGACCCGACGAUUUCAUCAUCGUCAUCGACAUCAAAGAACGCCAACUAUUACUCCGAGCAUAACGCGGUCGGCAAUGGCAACCUCGAGUACGGCCAGCAGACGACGACAGACAUGAUGGACGAAGGUAAUGCAGCAGCAGCAGGGUAUGUUUCCUACAGCAUCGGCGCUCUUGAUGAGAUCGAGGAGGGUGUUGCGAUGCACCAGCCAAUCCAAACUGCAGAUCAUGAGGUUUUUGCGGAGCUAGAGGAGUUGGAGCCUGGCAGCAGCAGUAAUCCUGCUGUGAAUGCAAACAUCUACUCUAGGCAGGGGGUAAGUUUUGAUCAGUGGCGGCACAAGUUCUGAUGGGUAUGAUCGAUCAAGCAGGCCGCUGAUCGAGGAACGAAGCUAGCUACAACAUAUGACAUAUAUGUUUGAUGAAAAAUAGGUUACUACAAGUAUGCACAUACAUGGUUUACCUAAUUUAUUUAUUUAUUUAUUUAUUUGUGCUUCAAAGCUAAGAUAUAUUUACAAAUUAAAAUUAGAAAAU